AUGGCCGAGGAGGAAUUUGAGAUCGACAUCUACGGUGACGCGCCCCAAGAUCACCAGGACGCCAACGCCGAGAAUUACGAUGGACAGCAGGCCAACGGACACGCCGACGACCAUAACGAACGCCACGAGCACCACGAACAACACGAUGACCAGCAGAACCAGCAGGAAGAGUACAACGACCAUCAGGAUGCGCCUGCUCCGCAACAAGGUGUGAAGAGGAAGGGUGAUGACAGACCUGUCGAUCCUGGUGCGACAACAGCCCUAAUGAUCUCGGACCUUAACUGGUGGAACACCGAUGAUGACAUAAGGGGCUAUGCCAGAGCGGCUCAUUGCGAAGACGAGUUGAAGGAUAUAACAUUUAGUGAACACAAGGUCAACGGAAAGAGCAAGGGCCAAGCAUAUGUCGAGUUCACAACGCAGCAAGCAGCGACGGCCGCGAAGCACGCCCUCGAGGCGACAGACGGCGGACAAGGCGUUCCUAAGAAGCACCAGGUCACCUACUCCAACCCUCACGUCAACCCGUUCCGUACGCUGCCUAAGGAUGCGCCGAACCGAGCAGGCAAGGAUCAGGGCGGCAGCAGCAGGCCUGCAAGUAACUACAACAACCAAGGCUCCUCUAUGGGCGGCGACUUCCGUGGUAACAGCUACCGUGGUCGUGGUGGUUUCAACGGCCCUCGUGGAGGCAUGAACCAGGGCGGGUUCAACCGCAACUUCGUGGGCGGCAUGGGAGGCGGCUUCAACAACAACAACAUGGGCGGUGGCUUCAACAACGGUAUGGGUGGUGGCAACUUCGGCGGCGGUUUCCAGCGAGGUGGUGGUUUUGGUGGAGGUAUGCGUGGCGGCCCCGGAAUGCGUGGUGGACGAGGCGGAAUGCAUAACCCCAUGGGCGGCAUGGGUAUGGGCCCGAUGGGCGGUAUGCCGAUGGGAGGCAUGCCCAACAUGGGUAUGAUGGGUGGUGGAAUGCCCGGAUUCCAAGGCAUGCCACAGCAGUUCAACCCAGGGUUCUUUGGUGGCAACCAAGGUGGAGGAAACGACUGGGGCAACCCUCACGGAGCAAAGCGACCUCGACCCGAGUAG